GUCGGAGAGGGCGAGCCCCGCUGGUGCCCGGGCUGCGCUCUCGUGAGGCGGGCGCCGCUGCCGGGCGCCGCGGCGGCUGGUGCGGCUGCGGGCGGAGCAGUGAUGCCGGCUGCGGGGAGGUGGGCGGCAGCGGGAGCCCGGCACGGAGCGGCGUGCGCCCAAGCGGGCAAGGGCGGCGAGCGCGGCUGGAUGCAGAAGACUUGGUGAUGGGGGAAGGCACGUGAAAGAGAAACUGAGCAUCAUAAGGCAAAGGUUUAGCAAUAUACAGUCUGCAGUGGUUUCAUGUGUGACAAGGAGGCAAGCGAAGAGCGGAGAGCAGCAGUAGAUAUGACACAGAUAAGCAAGAAAGAAAAGUUAAGGACGAAAAGACAGAGCAGUUUCUAAAAACUCAGAUUGUGCACUUCAACAUAAUACCACAAAGGCUCAUCAUUUUAAUCAAUUAUUGAUUACACCUUGGGGACUUUCCAUCGAUUCCACUUCAUGCUGCUUUUAAAAUGACUUUUACGGAGUCUACUCCAGCACUGACGUUUACAUGGAAAUAACAGAAAAUUCCAAGAAAUGGAAGCCGCUGCUAGUAGAAGAAGAAAAGCUGAGUAUCAUCAGGGUUAAUAGCUCCUAUUUGAGAUCCAUGAAUGAUUACAGAGUUACUUUUCUAUAUCGAACUUUCAAGUUUCGUUACUAAUAUGCUGCCUCUCUGGCACAGAGGUGUGCUCAUGGUACGAAGGCUAUUUAUUUAUCACAUGGAAUAAAAGAGCGAGGGGAACAAUGGCUUCAAAGGUCUCAUGCUUAUACGUUUUGACAGUAGUUUGUUGGGCAAGUGCUCUUUGGUACUUAAGUAUAACUCGUCCUACUUCUUCUUACACUGGCCACAGACAGCUCAGUAGCAUUUCCAUAGCCAGAAAAAAUGUUUCCUUUGGCAACAUAAGAACUCGACCUAUAAAUCCACAUUCCUUUGACUUUCUUAUCAAUGAACCCAACAAGUGUGAGAAGAGUGUCCCUUUCUUGGUCAUUCUUAUCAGCACAACUCACAAAGAGUUUGAUGCAAGGCAAGCCAUUCGAGAAACGUGGGGAGACGAAAACAAUUUUAAAGGUAUUAAAAUCGCCACGCUGUUUCUCCUCGGAAAAAACGCAGAUCCUGUGUUAAAUCAAAUGGUAGAGCAAGAAAGCCAAAUUUUUCAUGACAUCAUUGUGGAGGAUUUUAUCGACUCUUAUCAUAACCUCACUCUGAAAACGUUGAUGGGGAUGAGGUGGGUAGCAACAUUUUGUUCAAAAGCGAAGUACGUUAUGAAGACAGACAGUGAUAUUUUUGUAAAUAUGGAUAAUCUUAUUUAUAAGCUGCUCAAGCCCAACACCAAGCCAAGGAGAAGGUACUUCACUGGUUAUGUUAUAAAUGGAGGACCAAUUCGAGAUGUUCGCAGUAAGUGGUACAUGCCACGGGAUCUGUAUCCCGACAGCAAUUACCCGCCCUUCUGUUCAGGCACCGGCUACAUUUUUUCAGCUGACGUAGCAGAACUGAUUUACAAAACCUCCCUUCAUACCAGACUUCUUCAUCUUGAAGACGUGUACGUUGGACUCUGUCUUCGGAAGCUGGGCAUUCACCCCUUCCAGAACAGUGGCUUCAAUCACUGGAAAAUGGCCUACAGCUUGUGCAGGUACCGCAGGGUGAUCACAGUGCACCAGAUAACACCAGAAGAAAUGCACAGAAUUUGGAAUGACAUGUCCAGCAAGAAACACCUUAGAUGUUAAGAUUUUUCAGAUGUAAAUACCUUUUUUUUCCAGUUUUGGUUUGGUCUGGUUAUUUUUUGACAACGUGAUCUGCUGAUUUACAGGUUAAACUGUGGGAUAUUAACUGUAAGAGCAUUUCUAAUGACUGAUUUUUCAUUCCCGUUUUGACUACUGGUUUACAGAUUUGAGGCUCUUUUCAUAAGGACAUUACAUCAACCAAAAGGAUCUAGAGUCAAAUCUCAGAUUUUAUAUAUUAUCCUCUACCAUGUGUAUCAGCUCCUGCAUCUGUAUGUAAAAGGACAGUAACAAACUAUGAGUUGCUUAACAGUUCAUGCCCCAGCCUCCGAGAUAAGACUCAGGCCCUAAAAAAUGAAGAAUCACGAACAAACUUCUAUUUCUUUUUUGACACCCUACAACCAUAUCUAUUCAGAGCUUUGUGAAUAAAUUGGGUGGUACACAUUUGCACUGACCUUACACACCUAUCUUGACAUGUAUAUUUUAUAGUAAAAUGUGUGCAAUUCCCAAAUAGCUUACUGAUGGUAUAAUAGCAGAAUUUAGACAGCUAAGAACAUCAGAGUCUCACAGGCUUUAGAAACAAACCCACACACUGAAGUAUAUGUGAAUCCACCAAAUGGUAUUCCUUUAAAUUAUUUCAGAAGACACCCCAUUUCCUUCCACUGUCUAAAGUAGCCCCUAAAAGAUCUAAUACAAUUUUAAAAUGAAGUAGAAUCUGCAGGUGAAAUAAGACAAGGGAGAUGUAUGAAAAACUAUCUUAAAAAUACAUGAGAAAAGUACAAAUAGCUUUUAACUUUCAAUUUCAAAGCAAGUGCAGUGUUUCUCAUUAGUAUCAGUGGGUCUCUCUAUUAAGUGUCUUGUACAGCAAUAUAUAAUUAUAUUGAACUAUAACAGUGUCAACAAGCAGCACAUUUCUUCGACAUCAGUCACUGCACUAUUUACCUAAAAAAAAGUAACACAAAAGCACUUUUUCAAGAGUAAGCUCUACUUUUUGCUACAGUAGAUAUAUGAAUGACAUUCUACCAGAUUUUUAAUGGUGUAGAAAAGCAGAACUUUGUCCACUAAAAUCAUGCAAUCAAUUUUCUGUUGACUGAGCAACAGAGUACAUAACGGUUACGUACAACUUUCACAGCAAAAUAGAGGGCUUUCAGAAUCACCUAUUAAAGAAAAAGAGAAUCCAGUCUUUGUUAAAAAUCUGCAGGUCGCAGGUUACCCAUCACAGAGCCAAUACUCACUGAGGUCCCACUCAACAGCUCCCCAGAGCAUGCGAUGGAAAUCAAAUACACAAGAUUAUAUUCAAGUUUCAGAUUGUGCUUAUGUGUUUUGAAUAUGAAUGUUAACGAAAUGUCAUUAAAAUUGUAGCAAAUAACUUGGAAUUAACAAUUCACGGACAAGUUACAAAGAUACAAAACUCACCAAAUAUAUUAUUAGCUGUAGAUUACUCGCACUGUCCACAGCACACACAAGUCUCAUUCAUUUCAGCUAGAGUUACGUAUAACAUACAAAAAACUGUUAAGUCUGUAUGUUAUUCAGGAUGUCUAUAAAGUUGUCAGAAAUUAACUGAAUAAGAAUUUAAAGGAAAAUUCUGACCUGAUUUUGCCACAGGUGUACAUAGCACUUUACAACAGUAACAGAGGAAUGAAGAUGCUACCCCGCAAGGUUUGCAGUUUCACAGCUAAUUGUUAGUCUUACUCAUAGAUGCAGCACUACCAUUUUGAAAGGAAUUACUUGUAAGGUAAAGUGUACCUGGCCUUCAAGCCACAAGCAGUAGUUUUCUCAAACAAAUCUACUUCAGAUCUAAAGGUGAAGCUACACAACAGAUAGCUCAGGAGUUACUGCUAAUCAACAGGAGUUAUUGCACCCUUCAUAGAUGAAAAUCAGUUAUUUUAUAUAAAAAUACUGAAUCUCUUGCAACAUAAUUAAGAUUUAUCCUUCCCUAGUUGACCUCGUCCUUGUUAAAGUGGCUCUUGCUUCCUGUCCAACUUAGAACUCCAGUUAAACAAGAGCCAACUAAUUGCAUAGAUGAAUAUAUAACACACACACACCGAUUAGGUGAAGUUCAGCAUUCCUUAUCCAAGCCCCAGAACAUGCUUGUUUAGGAAGGGAAAUAAAGGUGGCAUUCAUCUCCAGCCUUCGGGUAAAUCGAGCAGCACGGAUGCUGUCCUACAGGGAGCACGUUUGGUAAUAAUUUCAACCCACAGGCUGCAAUCACUUCGGCUGUCCCUCUGCACCAGGCAGUAAUUUGGGGUUUCUGAAUCCACAGCCAAAUGGAUUUGGUGGCCUUACUUCUCCUGCUGAUGCUUCUGUGGCCUUUGGUUAGUAACCAAGAGAACAGCAGGGCUCCCAAUCCACAUACCUCAGGGCUCAAGUAGCAUGGCAGCCUUGAAUUUCUCCUACUGCAAGUAGACUGCAUUAAUGACUGGAAGGUACACCUUGAAAAUAGUAUCUAAAGCAUAUUUCCUGCCAUUUAUAAAUAGAUAGAUCUUCAACAGAAAUGUAAAUGUUCAUCUUGAAACUGAUGUAUAUAUUUCUAAGGCAUUUUCUUCUGUAUUUAGGUGUAUAUAUGUGUAGAGUCUGCUUGCUAAGUAGUAUUCUGUUAUGCAUGAAGCUGUUAGGCAUUAUAUUUGUCCAGGGUUUCAAGAGCCUUAAGCAUGUGUGCCCUAACUUUUGAAUGUAUAAGAUUUUUUUUUCUUUUAUUCUCAAGUGAAUUUAAAACAACACAACAAAAGCCCAAUUUUCUACUUCUCUUUAUUUUCUGAUACUAGAUUUCACCAGCUUGUUGCACUUCCAUAACAGAUUCAUUGUUUUCUCUUUGCUCAAAAAUUGCCACAUUGCAACCUGGAGCUAGAUAGGGAGCAACACACCUACUCAUAGGGACAGCUUACUGUCCCUUCCAGUCCGUAUUUGUGUCACAAGGGGUACUGUUAACAAACAGGUGUUUGCAGCAGGCUUCCUUUAAGAAAAACAUUUAUCUUACUUAGAAGUCAUUUUGUUUCACUGAGCAUGGGACAAAUGACAAUUUGGGUAAGCCGUGCUGGUUUCUAGUCACUUCUGACUAUAAUCACAUUUUGAUUCCAAAACGUACGGGAACAAAGGACUUUGAGUGAAGAAGCUGUGAGGGACACACACCUCUCUUCAGGAGGACUUUUUCACAAAACCAUUUUUUUUGCUAAAACCAUGUGAGUAUUUAAACAGAAGUCUCAAAGUUCAUUUUCCACCUUUCCUAAUAACAAAGUAUCAAUUUUGAUCCCUUACUGGGAUUUUUUUGGUCUUUAUAAUAUAGAUGGCAAUGGCAAUUUGUAAAUGAAGAGUGUAAUUAACUAGAAAAGCUUGUCAACAGUAACUGAACUUUAAGUGUAUCAUUAUAUAUGACUGGCUGUACUUAUGUAUUUAUUUAAAUUGUAUAUAUUGUUUUAUCUAUAGUGUCUGUAGGAGUGCAUUCUUUUAGAUUAAAGUAUUACAGUUUUGUGGGAUUGCCAGCAAAGCUGCUAAUCAAGAUACUAUUUUUUUGUAUUAAUGUCAAAUAAUAAAAAAAGAACAAAAUCAAAUGAAAAA